UUCCAAUUCCGCGUUCCUCUCUCUCUGUACAAGUCGAAAAGAUCUAGAGAACAAAAUCCUGGCGUAAAUCUCGUUAGGGUUUUUCAGCUUUUUUUUUUUAAAAAAAGCACAAAAAACAUUUUGAUCUCUCUCUCUCUCUCUCUCUCUCUCUCUCUCUCUCAAUGGCGGGUUACAAAGCAGACGAUGAAUACGAUUACCUUUUCAAGGUUGUUCUCAUCGGUGACUCUGGUGUUGGAAAGUCCAAUCUGCUUUCACGAUUCACCAAGAACGAGUUCAGCCUCGAGUCCAAAUCAACCAUCGGAGUCGAGUUCGCGACUAGGAGCUUGAAUGUUGACGAUAAAGUCAUCAAAGCCCAGAUUUGGGAUACUGCUGGUCAAGAAAGGUACCGAGCCAUCACUAGCGCAUACUACCGAGGAGCCGUGGGAGCGCUUCUAGUCUACGAUGUAACCCGACACUCCACGUUUGAAAACGUGGAGACGUGGCUCAAAGAGCUCAGAAACCACACCGAUCCAAACAUCGUAGUGAUGCUCGUGGGGAACAAAUCCGAUCUCCGCCACCUCGUGGCUGUUCAGACGGACGAUGCGAAGUCAUUCGCUGAGAAAGAGUCUCUUUACUUCAUGGAAACCUCGGCUCUCGAUUCCACUAAUGUCGAGAACGCUUUCGCGGAAGUCCUCACUCAGAUUCACUGCGUUGUGAGCAGAAAGGCCAUGGAAGCUGCGAGCGAAUCCGCUAAUGUUCCGUCCAAAGGAGACAAGAUCGAUCUUGGUAAAGAUGUUUCUGCUGUGAAGAAAGGUGGAUGCUGCUCAAACUAAUAAUAAAUGAGUGGAACCACUUGGUUUAGUGGUAACGACCGGGUUUAUGUGUUCAAAAGUGGUUCGAAUAUGAGAGAUUGCUUUAGGUUGAUUGGUUAAAUGCUCUUGUGAUGUAUUUCUGUUGGUUCUAUAAAUUAAUCGAUGUUCUUGCCUGAGAAAAUGAUUUUGAAUUUUGAUGUUUUUUCAAUU